GAAAGUUGUUGGGGUGGGUCUGAGCUACCUAACAAACCGGGUCUGGGGUAACAUCCGGGCUGAAGUGGGGGGGACUUCCCCUCUCUCCCCUGCGCCCCUCCUACUCGUUCUUUUUAUUUGCCCCCGGUGGGGCUAGCUAUGGUCAAAGAGAGCGAUUGGCAUUGAAUGUCACCCUGAAGGUAAAAUGAAAGACAAAAGAUGAACGCAUGCUUGCUUUCUGUUUGCAGUGGCGGCGGCGGCAGCAGGAUUUAAAGGGGGGAAAAAAACAAAAAAACAAAAAACCCCAAACAUCACACGCACAUCCACCCACACAUCCACAUCCACACACAAACACACACGGGCGUCAAUUAUGCAAACGCGGUAAUGCAAUCAAAUCAUGACCGAGCUGGAAUUUUUUUUUUUUUUGGGGGGGGGGGGGAGAAGAGAGAAAUGUAUGUCUAUAUUUAUUUAUUUAUUUAUUUUUCCAAAAGAAAGAGAGAAAUCCAUGCAAACAGAAACGUGCACAUACCACGUAGGCAGCCGAGGAGAAUCUGGCAGCUCCUCUCUUCUUCUGCCAAGUUAUCAUUGAGAAAACAGACAGGCAUCAUGACGUCCCGGGUCACAGGGAGUGCGGACCGACGCUACCAAGAGAAAAGGGAGGCGCCUCAGAGCUCGGGCUAGCGGCCGGCGCCUCUCGGCCCCUCGCAGCCCCGACCGGUGAGUGCGGCGCCGCUCGGGACCCAGCCCCGAGCUGCCAGGCCGGCCGAGCGCCCGUGUGGGCAGAGCGGCCGGCGCUGCCCGCCCUGGUCGCCGGCCGGCCAGCACCCCCUCGCCGGCUGAGGUCGCGGGAGCCCACUUAAAGGAGGCGUGUGUAAGAUGUGCAAGGUUCCUGCAUGGGGGUUUUGGGGGGGUGGGGUGUAGACUUUCAUAGUCAAAGAAACCGGCUUCGGCUUCUUUAAAAAAAAAAAAAAGAGAGAGAGAGAAAGAAAAAGAAAAAGAAAAAAAAAUCCAACCCCUGACGACUCACCCGAUUAACCUGCUGCAGUUCUGACCCUGCCAAGUUUUCCAGGGAGCUCUACAAUACUCGGAAGAGGAUAGAGAAGGAGACUCCCAGAGCUGAAAGGGCUCUGUCACUUCCCAGUCUCCUUUUUGGAGAGGAGAGAAGAGGAAAGGAGAGGAGAGGAGUCUAGGAAAGGGAAUACUUCUGAGAAAGUAUUCAUAGAGUUCAUCUGCUCCAGAAAUCAUCCAAGACAUUUCCCGAUUUUCCGUCAUUUCACAGCAGGCUUCUCUGCAGAAUGUCAAGCAAAGAUCGACACAUUGAUUCUAGCUGUUCGUCAUAUAUCAAGACGGAACCCUCAAGCCCUGCCUCCUUAACGGACAGCAUCAACCAUCACAGCCCCGGUGGCUCUUCAGACGCCAGCGGGAGCUAUAGUUCCACCAUGAAUGGCCAUCAGAAUGGACUUGACUCACCACCUCUGUACCCUUCUGCCCCUGUCCUUGGAGGUAACGGGCCUGUCAGGAAACGAUAUGAUGAUUGUUCCAGCACCAUAGCGGAAGAUUCGCAGACCAAGUGUGAAUACAUGCUAAAUUCGAUGCCCAAGAGACUGUGUUUGGUGUGUGGUGAUAUUGCGUCUGGGUACCACUAUGGGGUAGCUUCGUGUGAAGCCUGCAAGGCCUUCUUCAAGAGGACAAUUCAAGGUAAUAUAGAAUACAGCUGCCCAGCCACAAAUGAAUGUGAAAUCACAAAACGCAGACGCAAAUCCUGCCAGGCCUGCCGUUUCAUGAAGUGUCUAAAAGUUGGCAUGCUGAAGGAAGGGGUGCGUCUUGAUAGAGUCCGUGGAGGUCGCCAGAAGUACAAACGCAGAAUAGAUGCAGAGAAUAGCCCAUACCUGAACCCUCAGUUGGUUCAGCCAGCCAAAAAGCCAUUGCUCUGGUCCGUUCCUGCAGAUAACAAGAUUGUCUCACAUUUGCUGGUGGCUGAACCGGAGAAGAUCUAUGCCAUGCCUGACCCUACUGUUCCAGACAGUGACAUCAAAGCUCUCACUACCCUCUGUGACCUGGCUGACAGAGAACUGGUGGUCAUCAUUGGAUGGGCUAAACAUAUUCCAGGUUUCUCUACUUUGUCUCUGGCUGAUCAGAUGAGCCUUCUGCAAAGUGCUUGGAUGGAGAUUUUAAUCCUUGGUGUUGUAUACCGAUCACUUUCUUUUGAGGAUGAACUUGUCUAUGCAGAAGAUUAUAUUAUGGAUGAAGAUCAGUCCAAAUUAGCAGGCCUCCUUGACCUCAACAAUGCCAUCCUGCAGCUGGUAAAGAAAUACAAGAGCAUGAAGCUGGAGAAAGAAGAGUUUGUCACCCUCAAAGCUAUAGCGCUUGCUAAUUCAGAUUCAAUGCACAUAGAAGAUGUUGAAGCAGUGCAAAAACUUCAAGAUGUCUUACACGAGGCUCUUCAGGAUUACGAGGCUGGUCAACACAUGGAAGACCCCCGUCGGGCUGGCAAGAUGCUGAUGACUCUCCCGCUUCUGAGGCAAACCUCUACCAAGGCUGUGCAACAUUUCUACAACAUUAAAUUGGAAGGCAAAGUCCCUAUGCACAAACUUUUUUUGGAAAUGCUGGAGGCCAAGGUUUGACUAAAAGCACCCUAGGCCUUCCCAUCAUGCAAGCUGAAAAGGGGAAAAUAAACCGGAAAAUUAAUGGCAAAGAAACUUUAAUGACAACUACAACAAAAUGACUGCACUGAUCAUUUAGCAGCAAGACUGUGAUGCAGCUUUCAACUUCCUCUGUAUCUUUUGAUGCAGUCUCUCUACUUUAUCUCUUAUCCUGACAUUCACUUUCUGCCCACCUCCCCACCCCCUUGUUCCUCCCUUUCCUAUUAGCAUCCCUUUCUUCCAUUUUCCUUCUCCUCUUCUCUCCUUACUUCUGUCUCAUCAACCUUUCCUCCUUCUAUCCUUUCUUCCUAACUUCCUUCCUUCCUUCCUUCCACUGAAUUUUUAAAAAAAGAGGUCUCUAAUUGAAGAGAAAUGGAAGCCGGCCCUGCCAAAGGAUGGAGAUCCAUAAUAUGGAUGCCAGUGAACUUAUUAUGAACCAUUAUGUCCCCAGUGACAAAGGAAUCAAAGAGAGAACCAUCGUACCUAACAGUAAAAUAUAACACAACGAAUUGAUUCAAUGCAGUAUUAGAUUUCAUAGGAGCAGUCUCUAAUUAGGCGACUUAAGCAACGUGGCAUCGGCUGCUUCUUACCAUUGCAUUUCCAUCUAGAUCAGUUACAGCCAUUUGAUUCCUUAAUUGUUUUUUCAAGUCUUCCAAUUUGUUAGGUUUAGCUACUAUGUAACUUUUUCAGGGAAUAGUUUAAGCUUUAUUCAUUCAUGCAAUACUAAAGAGAAAGAAAAAUACUGCAUUUUUGUGCUGGCUUUGAACAAUGAUGAACAAUAAUGAAGGACAAAUGAAUCCUGAAGGAAGAUUUUUUUAAAAUGUUUUGUUUCUUCUUACAAAUGGAGAUUUUUUUGUACCAGCUUUACCACUUUUCAGCCAUUUAUUAAUGUGGAAAUUUAUCUUAUUCAAGCAAUAGUUGAAGGGAAGGUGCAUAUUAUCACGGAUGCAAUUUAUGUUGUGUGCCAGUCUGGUCCCAAAUAUCCAGUUUCUUAACAAGAGCUCCAGUAUAGCUAAAUGUUCACUUGCACAAGGGAUUAGAUUACACCUACAGGGGCUCUGAAUAGUCUGAAUACCCCACACAUCUCUAGAACUGUUAGAAGAGCAUAUCUGUACCUGAGAGGUAGAGUUGUCAUUUGACUUCUAACUAUAACAGUGACAAAGAAAUGAAAUACUGCUUGUUUGCAAAGUUAGGAACAUUUCAUAGAAGGAGCUGUGAGCCAAUAUUUGUUAGAGGCAAUAAGUUAAAUGCCAAAAUUUGCAGAAAUUGAUAAUGAUAGCAAACAAAUGACCAAAUUCCAAAAUUAGACUCGUAUGAAUUUAUUCAUUUAAAAUUUUGUUUUUUGGGACUUGAUUUCAAUGGCAGUUUUCUUUAACCAAUAGCAAAAUAAGACUACAUGCUUUUCAACCAGUAUUGUCACAGCAUGAAAGUCAGUCAGGUUCAAGACUGUUAAAGAGGUGUAAUCUAAUGUAUAAAUCAAUUAGAUGCCCCCAGAAAACUACAGUCGCUAAAUAACCAAUAAACAAUAACCUCCAUCCAAUGCUAUACCAAUGUACCAGUGUUAGUAGCUGCUCCCUGUAUUAUGUGAACAUUCUUAUUCUAUGUACACAGAUGUAAUUAAAAUUGUAAUCCUAACAAACAAAAGAAAUGUAGUUCAGCUUUUCAAUGUUUCAUGUUUGCUGUGCUUUUCUGAAUUUUUAUGUUGCAUUCAAAGACUGUUGUCUUGUUCUUCUUGUGGUGUUUGGAUUCUUGUGGUGUGUGCUUUUAGACACAGGGUAGAAUUAGAGACAAUAUUGGAUGUACAAUUCCUCAGGAGAUUACAGUAGUAUAUUCUAUUCCUUACUGGUAAUAAGGUUCUUCCUAAUAAUAAUUAAGAGAUUGAAACUCCAAACAAGUAUUCAUUAUGAACAGAUACACAUCGAAAUCAUAAUAUUUUCAAAACAAGGAAUAAUUUCUGUAACAGUUUAUUAUAGAAUACCAAUGUAUAGCUUAGAAAUAAAACUUUGAAUAUUUCAAGAAUAUAGAUAAGUCUAAUUUUUAAAUGCUGUAAAUAUGGCUUUUACUCAAUCAUCUCUCAGAUGUUGUUAUUAACUCGCUCUGUGUUGUUGCAAAACUUUUUGGUGCGGACAAGUUUCCAAAACUAUUGCUACUUCGUGUGCUUUAAACAAAAUACCGUGGGGCUGAUGUUCAUCAGCCUUGUGCUAGAAAUACUGUGUAUCUAUCAUUAGCUAUAUGGGACUAUAUUGUAGAUUGUGGUUUCUCAGUAGAGAAGUGACUUAGUGUGAUUCUAGAUAAAUCAUCAUUAGCAAUUCAUUCAGAUGGUCAAUAACUUGAAAUUUAUAGCUGUGAUAGGAGUUCAGAAAUUGGCACAUCCCUUUUAAAAUAACAGAUUAAAAAAAAAGUACAACUCCUGGGAAAAAAAGGUGCUGAUUCUAUAAGAUUAUUUAUAUAUAUAUAUAUUAUAAGUGUUUAACAAAAGAAUAAUAAUAAUAAUAAUAAUAAUAAUGUUUAUUUUCCAGAAGAUUUGUGCUGGUUUUAAGUUAACUACUAUUCAACUACAUAUAUAUACUACAAUAUAUAUGUAAUAUAGCUAAUAUAUAAACAUUGUUUUCACUGUAUCACAUUAAAGAACCUGGGCUUCAGAGUCAAAAGCCAAACAACCUAAGAGAUAGAGAUGUAUUAAAGGAGUACAGUGCAAAUUUUAGUUUUCUUUUUCAGUGACUUCUGGCCAUACAAAAGGACAACUGUCUCAAGAUUCCGAAGCAAAAUUGGUCAAAAGAACCAUGUGGACUUGUAGGGUAAAAAGCUCAUCUUAAACCAUGCUGGAGAAGAGUUCUUUCAAGGUUCAAUCAAGACCACUUACUUAAUGUGAAGUUUGGGAGAGUUUUUAAAGUGUAUGUUUUAGCCAUGAUGAUUUUGAUUUCUAUGUUUGAUUCAGUUAUUUUUUUUUUCUUAUUUAAAGCAAUAUAAUUGUGUGACUCCCAGAAGUUACACUUGUGUUUCAAUCAGAUCAGAUUGUUGUAUUUAUUCCACUAUUUUGCAUUUAAAUGAUAACAUAAAAGAUAUAAAAAAUUUAAAACUGCUAUUUUUCUUAUAGAAGAGGAAAUGGGUGUCGGUGAUUGUAUUUUAAUUAUUUAAGCGUCUCUGUUUACCUGCCUAGGAUAACAUUUUAUGGCAGUCUUAUGUGCAAAGAUCGUAAAAGGACAAAAAAUUUAAACUGCUUAUAAUAAUCCAGGAGUUGCAUAAUAGCCAGUAGUUAAAAACAAAAUGAAACAAAAACAAAAACCAUGUCUAUAGCUGUAGAUGGGCUUCACAUCUGUAAAGCAAUCAAUUGUAUAUUUUUGUGAUGUGUAUCAUACCGUGUGCUCCAAAAAAUGUCCAUUUGUGUAAAUGUAUUUAUUUUAUAUUGUAUAUAUUGUUAAAUGCAAAAAGGAGAUAUGAUUCUGUAACUCCAAUCAGUUCAGAUGUGUAACUCAAAUUAUUAUGCCUUUCAGGAUGAUGGUAGAGCAAUAUUAAACAAGCUUCCACUUUU